AUGAUCAAGCUCGUACUGGUCCUGGCCGCCGCCGCCUGCUGCGUGAGCGCCGCCCCCAAGGCUGGCCUCGCCCCCCUGGCCUACUCCGCACCCCUGGUGGCCGCCGCCCCCGCGGCCUACGCCGCCCCCGCGCCGGCCGUCGUGACGGCGCACAGCUCGCAGUACAUCGCGCAGAACUUCAACGGACUCGCCGUGGCCCCCGCCGCCCCAGUCGUCGCCGCCGCCUACCACGCAGCCCCCGUCGUUGCUGCUGCAUACCACGCUGCUCCGGCCAUACUCGGUUGA